CGACUAGCUCUGGGAGUCACAGCAGGAGGAGCGCGACAUUUAAACCUGGGAUCGGCCGCGACGGACGACGGGAGCUGCUCGUGUAGGACCGGAGCACAGACACGGUAACUGACCGGGCCCCGCCCCCCCGGCUGAGUGUGAGUGUAACCGGGCCCCGCCCCCCCCGGCUGAGUGUGAGUGUAACCGGGCCCCGCCCCCCUGACCGAGUGUGAGUGUAACCGGGCCCCGCCCCCCCGGCUGAGUGUGAGUGCUCGCGGCCCGCUCCCUGGCUGAGUGUGAGUGUAACCGGGCCCCGCCCCCCCCGGCUGAGUGUACCGGGCCCCGCCCCCCUGACCGAGUGUGAGUGUAACCGGGCCCCGCCCCCCCGGCUGAGUGUGAGUGCUCGCGGCCCGCUCCCUGGCUGAGUGUGAGUGUAACCGGGCCCCGUCCCCCCCUCCCGGCUGAGUGUGAGUGUCCGCGGCCCGCUCCCCGCUCCCUGGCUGAGUGUGAGUGUGAGUGCGAGUGCUCGCAGCCCGCUCCCCAGUAUUGGCCCCUCUCACAGACCAGGCCUCCGGCACUGAAAGGGGAGUCUGGAUUCUAGUUGCCCUGGCUGCAUGUUACCGGUAUGAGUAGACCAGGGGUGUCCAAACUUUUUUCAAGGAGGGACAGAUUUGAUGAAGUGAACAUGCGUGAGGGCCAACCAUUUUGCCUGACAAAUUAACUAUUUUAUUGCAAACGGCAUACUUUUCAUUUCAUCUCUUUAUUCUGUCUGAGAUCUCUUUAUUUUGUCUUUUUACUCUGUCCUUCUGCCCCUCUGUAUUCUGCCAGUCUGCACCUCUGUACUCCGUCUGUAUUCUGCCAGUCUGCACCUCUGUACUCCGUCUGUAUUCUGCCCGUCUGUAUUCUGCCAGUCUGCACCUCUGUACUCUGUCUGUAUUCUGCCCCUCUGUAUUCUGCACCUAUUUAUUCUGUCGAUUCUCUUCAGGGAGAAGGAACCAAAUCCCGCGAAUCCCAUGACGUCCACGAAAUCCCGCAAUGUCCAAGAGAUCACAAGAAUGCAGACUGAGAUCACUGCACGUCCGACUGCGUUCUCGCGAUAUCUUGGCCCCCCCAGUGAAUCCCCGAGCGCCGCUCAGGACCACAGCGUUCAAAGACCCAGGGGUCCCGAGAGGCGCUCGGGGAUUCACUGGGGGCCACAAUAGGUAGAUUAGCCAAACUACCAGUGGGGCCGUAUUAAACCGGAACGCAGGCCGCAGUUGGCCCGUGGGCCGGACUUUGGACAUGCCUGGUCUAGUGAAUGAGCCCUUUGUUGAAGUUAUCUCACUUUUAUUCCCUUGUGUCAAGAGGUUUUAUAGUCCUUGUCCAUAUUUCCAGAGGGUCUAAAACACCCCCCAUGAUCUGUACUAAAAACCUCUUCCAAAAUGAGGUUCUGAUGUGUAAGGACAGAGUUCUAAUUGCUUUCUCAUACUGAUGUUGGGUACCAGAAAGGCUGUAUAAAACGAACCACAGAUUUUUGUUUUGUUCUAAAGAUAGUCACUGCAAAUGUUUCUCUUCUAAGCAGUAAACCAUUUUCUUGCAUCACAAAGUCCUGAUUUACUUUACUUCUCAAGCAUCUUGAGUUCAUUACCUUGUGUUCCAUGAUAGUCCUUAAAUAAUCCAUUUUUACCUGUCUGCUGAUGAUUCAGUAAUAUACUGAACUGCACGAGAACCCAAAGAACUUGGGUGACUCAUGCCAUAGGACACACUAUCUCCAAUAAUGUAAAUAUAACUAAAUGGACCCUCUGAGCACCUUAAUGUAGUGGUUUUGGUGCCUAGAUGUUGUCUCUUUUACCAGGACAAUGUAAGCCUGACAAACUGCAUUGAUUACAUUUGUCUGAAACACGCCUCCAGCAGCUGUCAGAUAACUCUUCCUCCUCAGCGUCUUCACACACCGCAUGAUGGUGACAAAUGAAGCCCUGGAUAGUCAAAACACAGCUUCUGAAAUAAUGACUGCAAUGGUAGAGGAACGCUUGCAGUGUGGAGUUCCAGUUUUGGUUUGCUAGUACAUUUAAAAAAAAAAAAAAAAAAAUUUUUUCAACUGCACAGGUUGCCAUCACUAAUGCUUUAUUAGUGUAUUUAUUUAUAGUAGUUACUCAGCAGAUGUGGUGUGUGUGUGUUUUUUUUUUUUUUUAAUUGUAUUUAUUUAUUUGUGUGCAAAUGUUUGUGUUUUUAAAACAGUAUUCCUUGUUUCCUGCAGGCAAUGUCUAUACAGGUAAAAGAGCAGAAAGAUUCCGGAUGGAAUUUUACUCAAACCGUUCUGGAUGAGAAAUCAUCUACUCAAUUUAUUAAACAACUCACGGAGAAAAAAAGCACAGGGAAAGAAAAUGAGCUCGAUAACCAUUCUACUAAAGUGAAACGAAAAGCAAAGUUGUCCAUGUACCCUUCUCCUGGGAAUAUCUUGCACACUGGGCGGCAACUACAUCGAACCCCAGGCCCAGGGGUAUUACCUCUGUUGCCCUCUCAAGUCUUUGAGCCAAAUGUAGCUGGAAAUAUUUCAUUCGAGAACUUGUACAGGACCCUAACUCAGAACGCCUUUAAGGACACUGAUAAUAGGGUUCCUUCGGGCAAGCAGCUUGACCGUACGGUUGUGUUCUCAAAUGAUCAUGAAGCAACAUCCAACUGUAUUGGACAAAAAAUGACUCCAAUGACCUGUGAACGUUCUGUGAACAAAACAAAAACCAAGGCAGUCCAGGACAUCGAUAGGCCAAGAGAGGUCACAAGACGGCAUUCUGAGCUAUGUGCGAAAGAGCAAGGGUGUAUGAAGUCUGAGGUUAAGAACCAUAUGAAUGAAGUGAGUAUGACCUGACAGUUAAUUUUAUUUAUUGUUUCCCCCACUCUCCCCUCAUGAGCUGCACCACUGUAACCACCUAAUAUAGGGUGACCCUUCAAAAUAUGCAAGAGAAAGUGAUGUAUAGAAUCCCACAAGUGGAAACUAACAUUGAGAGAGCUCUACUGGUAUAUUAGAUGAGGAAGGGAGGCCCUACCUUUAAUCAAUCUAACGAUAUUGCAGGGGUUAAUUUAGCAACCAAGGGGUCUGGUGUCAUUAACUAUUUCACUUCCACACUCCCCACUGUCUCGGCUCGGCCAAUAUCCCACGUUUGUGACAGGGUACUAUAUUUUCAGUGACCGGGUUACUUGGAAGAUGCACAUUUCAAGGUGUGUUUCAUGUUUUACAGGGAUGUACAACUGAAGGAGUCAGAGGUUGCAGAAAAUCAGUACAUUUUAACCGGAGAAUAAGCGAAUUGCCUGUUAAGGGUAAGCAUUUUCUCUAAAAUAUCACACAAUGUAAUAUAAAGUGAAAUAUAUUGUUUUAAAGGGACACUAUGUUCACCAGAACAACUACAGCUUAAUGUAGUUGUUCUGGUGUAUGUCCAUGCAGGCAUUUUAAUGCAAGCACUCUCUUUUUAGAGAAAAGGUAGUGUUUACAUUACUGCCGAAAAUCACCUCUAGUGGCAGUCACUCAGACUAGAGCUGCUUCCUGUGUGCAGCACUGACAUUCAGCUUCUCCAUGUUCUGCAUGUAGGGGCUGAACUUUCCUCAUAGAGAUGAAUUGAUGUUAAAGCAUUUCUAUGAGGAGAUGCUAAUUGGCGCAGCGUGUUGGUUUGCAGCACAUGUACUCUCCAUGCUUUCCUAUGAGAGAGCAUUGCAUUGGCUGAGUGUCAAUUUUGAUCAUCUCAGACAAGUGGGUGGAGUCAGCCACCACAGAUCCGUGCGGUUCUGGGAUAAAUGUGCAUAAACACACCAUUUUAAUAGCUUUCAGGGGCUUAAAUAGUGCUUUCAUAACUGGUGACCAGAAUACAUGUUUCUAUUCCUAUCACUAUAGUGUUCCUUUAAUACAGUGAUCAAGCAUUUAAUAGCAUAGUAAUGACAUGGUUUAACAAUACCACUCACUGACUAGCCAUUAGCGAGUAUGAAUUCACCCCUGGUGAGUGUGCCAUGGACCCACCAGGCUUAUUGUGGCAAGUAAGCUUUAGGCCUGUCAAGUAGUGCAAGACUUAGGAUUUUAUAAAAUAAAAAUUAAUAAUUUUAGGACGAGGGUUACAGUUCUAACAAGUCAGUCCUCAUUUCAACUGUGUGCAUUCCUUUCUAGUUUCUUAAAGGAACACUGUAGUGUUAGGCAUGUAUUCCUAAUGUUAUAGAGUUGUAGUGACCAUUUAGAUUCAUGGGUCUCUCCUAACUGAAAGAAAUAUAAAUAUUUACCAUUUCAGCCCCCACCGCAGCUGCCCUGCCUCCUUGGCUGAGAUCAUCAGUCUUGAUGCUCUCAGACAAUCCAAUACUUCCCUUUAUAUCUGGUCUGUUUCUCUUGUCAAUCAGGUUUAAACCCGCUACGUGUUUCUGGUGUACUGAGGAAUUUGCCAGGCUAUGAAUGCCGAAAAGAAGACCUAGAGUUUCUUAAACACAUGGAAAACAUGGAAAGGACAAAACUGUUGAAGGUACCAAUAUUUUUUUUUUGUCAUUGUUUUAUUAAAUGUAAAAAAAGUAGUUUUUAUACUACAUAGUAAAUGUAAUCAUGGCAACCUUUUCAAGCAGGGUUCUUAAAGGGACACCGUAGGCACUGUAUCUGCUUCAUCUCAUUAAACUGGUUAUAGUGUCUGGAGUCCCCUGGUACCAUCAUUUCUUUCAGCAUUAAACAGUUUUUAAUGUUGUUAUGUUUUAAUGCUAAACAAGAGUCCACGGCAGUCUAUCCACUCUGUGCUGCUUUGGCUAAUAAGGAAGUAUUACCCUGAGAGGCAAUGGGCAGCUGUGAUUGGCUGAGAGUGUCAGUUGGCUGCUUUUAACCUGUCAGAGCUCCAACUGACGGUAUGGAUGGGUAUGAAAACAAGGAAGUGUGUAAUCUCUGCCUUAGCUACACAUACAGAAGGGGCCGGACUGUGGGUGGCCAGGGACUCUUAUUUUGUGGCAUAUUGCACAAACAUUGUGCAACACUGAAUGGAGGGACAGUGCCAGGCCACUCCAGGCACUAUAACCAAUUCAAAGAGACAAAGUGGUUAUAGUGACUACAGUGUCCCUACAUAUUUACAGAUAAUGCUGACUGAAAUAGAUGAUUUGGGGGCAGGAGGCUCUGUUAUUGACCUCAAAGUAGAUACAAAUUCAAGAAUAUAAAUUCUCGUUCUACUUGUGGUCAUUCUUAGAGUAGCAACAUUUCUAUGGACACCUAAGUGUGUGUCAAAUUAUUUACCAGUUGUUUUUAGUAUAUUUCUGUGGUGUGUGUGUGUGUGUGUGUGUGUGUAUAUAUAUAUAAUUUUUUUUAUUUUUUUUUAUUAUUAUUCUUUUUCACUGCCAGCGUGUGUGAAACUAAAUACCAAACAGAAGAAUUUAGGCUGAAACAAACAAACUAUUUGACUGUAUCACUAGACUAAAUUAUUAUAGCUGAAUUGGAGAAUUCUUUCAAAUUAGGACAUUUCUACAAAAUUUUGAUAUUGGGUUUUCAGUUUAUUACAAUUGACUUCAAAGUACAUCAUAAAAUAACAAGUUAGUAAAAAUUAAAGCAGAGUUAAGAUUGGUCACCACCACCAGACAGUUUGAUCUAAGAUACACAAUUUUCAGUUUUGCAUCCAUUGAAGGAAUAAACGGUAAAUCAAAAAAUAUUAUAUAGCCAAAAUUAACUUCUUAAAAUACCUAUUUUUAACCCCUGUUUUUGUUUAAUUACCUUGACUUCCUUCUUACCAGGAUGAAUUGCUGUCUCUGAGAAAAGAACGGAUUACUUCAAACCAAGAAAAGGAAUUAGCAGUUGCUAGAAAGGAAAAAAUUGAAAAUGAUAUUCAGGGAAUGGUAAGAAUAAGAAUGGGGUAUCUUUUAGCUGCAGCAAGUCAAAGGAAGUAGCACUUGGUUUGUUUUGCGCAUGCACAUGGCUCCUGAAAGGAAAAUGUAUGGUAGAUGGGUGUCCUAUAGAAGUCUUUCACUUUGCAGGCCACUUUGGAGAACAAUGAAGUAGAGAUGUAGGCCUCAUAUAGGUGCAGCUCUGUGCCAGCAAAGUGCAGAACAAAUGUUUGGCAUAUAUUGUCAUCUGGGUGUCAUGCUGUCAGUGGGUUACCUGGCACCUUUCUGUAGGCCCAGUGUGUUGGGAUCAAUUGGCAAAUCUCUACUUUUUAUGUUAGGAGAUGGGAGGAUACCUUUAUAUAUUGAGUCGUCCUAUCAUCACUUUACUAUUUAGAUACAUUUUUAGGUGUUAACUCUUUAUUAAUCGCCCUGGACAUCCUGUAUGUUGCUAUGUGUAUUCAUACCCGACUUCCUGCAAGCUUAGGUUAACAGGGCUCUUGUCACAUUAUUUACUAAUGUGAGAAUCCAAAGUGAAUUUAAAUUAUAAGGCCAAAGUUCCUGAAUUGGUAAAAUUCUGUGAGUUUGCUAUGCUUCCAGUUCAGCUAUUUUGGUUUAAAUUGUGAAAUUCACCUUGCAUUCCAUCUGAAUUCCUGAUGAUUAUUGUGUGUGUGUUAGUUAUAGUGCUGAGUAAUCAUGUUGGUGCUUAAUAAAUAUCCAUCCUCUCCUAAAUCAUUAAAAAGCAAACUGUGAAACCUUGUCAAGUUGUACUGUUUUUUUUUUUUUUUUUUUUUUUGAUAAAUGUGGAAACAGUCACAUUCUCUUAUCUAAUUUAAUCUGCAUAUUCAGUCUAUAUGUUGGCAUUAAAUGGCCCAUAUCUGGGUGUGUUUUGCAGAGACAUUCCUAUGAGUGCACUGUGCAGCUUGGAAGAGCGUUCUUGUGUAAGACCCAGAACCCCUCUUCUGUGAGUUCAUUAUCUGAUAAGGAUGUCCUGAAGAGGUUAAACCCAGUGUCCAUUCGGCAUGUGCUGGAGGAUGAGCGAAACCAGCUAUUCAAUGCUCAGGAAGAACUGACCAGGAGGAAACAAGAGGCUCCCAGCCCUGCAAAUCAUGUACAGGAAGAUAUGAGGUAGCUUAUUAAACCAUUGGGUUCUAUGUUAAAAUACCUAGCCCAGGGUUUUGGCCAAUAGAUGACGUUCUUUUUUUAAUGUUUCAGUGUAAGGGUUGAAUCUUGUAACCAGCGUGUGAAGGAGGCUGAACACAGAGUACAGCAGUUGCAGGUAAGAAUUUCAACAAGUUCAAGUAUCAUAUUCCACAUGCUAUAGGUUUAUACACAUACGCACUCUGGGAUUUCCACCGUAUAUUUUAGAGUAACACCAUCAAUCUUGAUAAAGACCAAGAGAGUGGAACAUUGAAGAAUCACAGAGAGUGCUCUAUUCUUUUUUGCUUAAUACAGUGCUGGGAAACACCCGGGUGGUUAAUGACCGUUAUUGAGCAAAUUAAGGUAGAGAGUCAGAUUUUGAUUGAUCUAGAGAGCUAUUUUCACACGUACGUGCUUGGUCAAAAUAAAAUAACUGGAUUAUUUAGAUGAAGUAUUAGAGAGAGAGAAUAUGAAUAUAUAUUACACAUGUAUGUACAAAUCACAAAUCUGCUGAAUACGAUUAAACUUCUUACAAGAAACUACUGAAUACAUUUGAAAAAUGUGAAUACAAUUUGUUUUUUAUUUAAUGUUGCAUUAUUAAUUUAUCUUGCCAUUCUCUCCCUGAUUGGGGGAAGUCUUGUCUGUAGUAAUUAGUUUCUUCAAUUUGCUAGGAAGAAAUAAUUGUUCUCCAGCAGCAAGUAGAAACUACACAGAAAGAGGUUGCAGAGGUAAGCUUUGGUUUUGAAAGAUUUUUUUUUUUUUUUAUUAAAACAUUUUUGAGGUCUGGUAUUAAUGACUUGUAUACCUGAAGUUAAAAUAAAUGAUGGGUCUCUAAAAUUCAGAUACUUUUAUAAACUGUGUUUUGAUGGACUAAAAUAUGGUGAUACCAUACUGCCAUAUGGUGUUCCAAUAAUACCCUUGUAAGACAAUUUUUUUUUUUUUUUUUGUAAAUAAUAAAAUCUAAAUAUACAUUUUUUUUUUAUUAAUACUGUCUGCCAUUAAAACAAGUAGAGACCCUACUCUGAUUGCCAUUCUGGAUUAGUAACAGCGCUCUAUAAAGCAAAUGAUGGCAAAAACUGACAUCUCAUCUGCUAUAGGUGCCUUCAGCACUACAAUGUAAUGAUACAAACUCAUGCAGCAUCUCCUGUGUGUGAUUCAAAUAGUGCAUCCAACAUGGUAGUCAGUGUGGACAUAGGCCUUCUGUGGCACUGGUGUUAUUCAAAUGACUUUUAUUUACUAAAAUGCAAAUGGUGUAGAAUUGGCACCGGAGUUGGAAAUUUUAGGGAACGAUAGCAGCUGGAUUGGCAGGCUAGUUUUUUUUCUUUUUCUCCCCAAUGCAGAUAUUCUGAUCUAAAAAUUGCAAUGGGGGUUUUCAGUUCACUGUAAAUAUACCCUGUAGAUGUUACAUUAACCACGCUUCUUCUGUUAGUUCUCUGAGGAUGUCUGUGAAAUCUCAUCCCAAUUUGAAUAAAUGUAUGAAAAUAAAAACAUGCAGACCAGGCUGUCGCUAAAAUGUAAAUUAAUUCUGUUCUACAUAGCUUCAGUUUAGAUUUAGCAGUAAUAGGGAUUUUUUUUUUUUUUUUUUUGUGCAUCCUAUUUCUAAUAAUUCAAUUUUGGCAAUUGUCAGUUUAUUAAUAGCUAGCAGGUGGCACACUUAUUCUAUUUUAUAUUCUCAUCAUAGCUUUAAUUAUUCUGUUGUGGACAAUGCAGUUACAGCCUGGGUAAUGGCUGCACACUGGAUGACACAGUCUCUGUAUUGAUAGGAAUGCUCCAAUUUAGUGAUGAAGUUUUUGCUUCACAUCUUUUUCUGCCCAUGAACAAUUUACAGUACUAGCCACCCUUAAAAGGCAACCUCUUGCCUAUAAUCAAUAAGAUAAGUCAAAGCACUUUAUUUUUCUUCUGGCGUGGCAUCAAGAGUAAUUAUAUGCAUGUAAGUGUAUCUGACAGACUCAUAGAAACAUGGGCCGGCAGAUAAGAACCAUUUGGCCCAUCUAGUCUGCCCAAUUUUCUAAAUACUUUCAUUAGUCCCUAGCCUUAUCUUAUAGUUAGGAUAGCCUUAUGCCUAUCCCACGCAUGCUUAAACUCCUUUACUGUGUUAACCUCUACCACUUCAGCUGGAAGGCUAUUCCAUGCAUCCACUACCCUCUCAGUAAAGUAAUACUUCCUGAUAUUAUUUUUAAACCUUUGUCCCUCUAAUUUAAGACUAUGUCCUCUUGUUGUGGUAGUUUUUCUUCUUUUAAAUAUAGUCUCCUCCUUUACUGUGUUGAUUCCCUUUAUAUAUUUAAAUGUUUCUAUCAUAUCCCCCCUGUCUCGUCUUUCCUCCAAGCUAUACAUGUUAAGAUCCUUUAACCUUUCCUGGUAAGUUUUAUCCCGCAAUCCAUGAACCAGUUUAGUAGCCCUUCUCUGAACCCUCUCUAAGGUAUCAAUAUCCUUCUGAAGAUACGGUCUCCAGUACUGUGUACAAUACUCCAAGUGAGGUCUCACCAGUGUUCUGUACAAUGGCAUGAGCACUUCCCUUUUCUACUGCUAAUACCUCUCCCUAUACAACCAAGCAUUCUGCUAGCAUUUCCUGCUGCUCUAUUACAUUGUCUGCCUACCUUUGUCAUCAGAAAUAAUCACCCCUAAAUCCCUUUCCUCAGAUGUUGAGGUUAGGACUCUAUCAAAUAUUCUGCACUCUGCCCUUGGGUUUUUACGUCCAAGAUGCAUUAUCUUGCACUUAUCCACAUUAAAUGUCAGUUGCCACAACUCUGACCAUUUUUCUAGUUUACCUAAAUCAUUUGCCAUUUGGCUUAUCCCUCCUGGAACAUCACCCCUGUUACAUAUCUUAGUAUCAUCAGAAAAAAGACAUACCUUACCAUCAAGACCUUCUGCAAUAUCACUAAUAAAAAUAUUAAAGAGAAUGGGUCCAAGUACAGAUCCCUGAGGUACCCCACUGGUGACAAGUCCAAGCUUCGAAUAUAUUCCAUUAACUACAACCCUCUGUUGCCUGUCACUCAGCCACUGCCUUACCCAUUCAACAAUAUUGGAAUCCAAACUUAAAGAUUGCAGUUUAUUGAUAAGCCUUCUAUGUGCAACAGUGUCAAAAGCCUUACUGAAAUCUAGGUAAGCAAUGUCUACUGCACCACCCUGAUCUAUAAUUUUUUUACCCAAUCAAAAAAAAAAAAAAUACUCCCCAGUAGUGCUAUUCUGUCUAUCUUGCCAAGGGUGCCAGUUAGGGCUAUGCUCAUCUGAACCUUCAUUGGAGCUAGCUUUGAAACCAGAGCCGAAAUCAGAAACUUUAUUAAAAUGUCCAUCUUAUAAAUAUUUAACAAGCUCUCAUUUUGCUAGCUGAUUGGCUAGCACAUUGUAUAGAUUAAUACGUUGUUAAUCUACAGUGGGUUCUAUUAUACAUAGCUGAAUCCCUUAACACACAAUAUGGCGUUAGUGAGCACACUGUGUACUUAGUUUAAACCAUGCUAUAAUCCCAACCCUGCAAGUUCAGAUAGCAAGAUUUUUUUUUUUUAAUUUUAUUUCUUGUAGUUUAAUGUUAUAUAUUUUAUUGCACCAGGAACAUUUGCAAAAGAAAAACGCACAAAUUCAAAGCUGCAUUAAACACGCUUAUGUCUCGGAGGGAAACCACAGUCUGACGGAAGCUGAGCGAGAGCGAAUGGACCGCCGACUUCAGCGAGUUGUACGCCGAAAAUACCUUUACUUAGAAAGGGAAAGGCUAUUACAGAGGAUAAAAGAGAACUUAUAAUGGGGAUGUUUAAUUCUGAAUUCAUCAUGUUAAAAUAUUUGGUUAUAAAGUUUCAUGUUAAUAUUUUAUAAUGCUAAUCUAUUAAAUGUGUUCUGUCAUGUACAAUAAAGCACAUGCUAGUUGAGCUAUAGUUAAUAUUUGCCACUAUGAAGCAUGGUCAGGUAGCACACAUUCUGAAACCAUAUGCCUGUUAUGGAUCCCAUACUGUCACAAGUCUGUAAAUAUAACGGUCUUAAACAUUGCAAAUUAACACUUAAUCGACACAUUCACCACAUUAAGUACAGUUUACUCUUGAAGGCUGAAAUACAGGUUUAGCCCUUUUUGAUGGAUAAUCUAAAGUUGCAAAUCGGUAUAGCAAUAACGGUUACAAAGGGAUCACCAUUGUUUUCUGUGAAGUAGUAUUUAUAAAUGGCUGAAACAUUCCACCAUGCUGUGCAAUAGGUGGACUAAAACUAGUUUUUGCAACAAGCCAAACUGGAUGUAGAGGGAAAAAAAGAUGCUGAGGGCCACCUCAAAUUAACUCACUUUCUAAGGGGAAUUGGGUAAAAUGACAUGAUAAAAAAUAUGCACACUUUUCUGUAAUCUUAAAUUGCCUAUGGCAUAGGCAUAAUGUGACAUGGUACCUUUUGGACCAUUACCAAGUCAUUUGUGGUAGUUUUAAAAAAUAAAUAAAAAAAAAUACAUUUUAUGCUGUAUUAUAAAAAUAAUGCAGACAUUUUAGGCACAUUGGUCAGUUAAUCUUAUAACAUGCAUGCUUCAAUCAAAUAUGUUCUCAGCCCAGAAUUUCAAGGAUAUUGGGUUGAUUGCUAAUACUCUGGACAACCAUUUCUAGCCAUUAUCUGCCUUCCAUAGUGACUGAGCUCAGCAGCAGGGGACCCGACUACACCUGAACUGCCAGUAAAAUUAUGAAUGCUAGAGCUAGUUAACACUAAUGAAUCAUCAUACUGAGAAUUUGUAUAUUUAUCAUGAAGUGACCUGUAAGUUCUUGGUACCAUAACCACAUCAAUAAGCAGUAAUGAGUUUGGUACUUGAUGUCUAUUUAAUGCCAUUAGAGACCUUUUAGUUCAUGGAUACAAUUUCAGAGAGUACUUUUAUUGAUAAAUAGAAUUAAAAAAAAAAAAAGUUAAAAGAAUUACAUAACACAUUUCAUAAUACUUUUUCACCAGGUUCAUACUUUUGAGAGCCAUUGUAUGGUUAAAUGUUUAUUUAAAUGUUUUUAUAUAGUUCUUUUACCCUAUUUUUUGUUGUUGUUGUCAAUGAAAGCACUUUACUGGACCUGUUUGCUGCUGGAUUCCUGUACUCUAAAUCCUUGGUGGGGAUACCACCUAAGCUUGUUCGACAGCCAUCCCUAUUUGCUCUAUCAAAUGCAAGCAGUUUUUAUCCAUUUUAUCACUUUACAGUCUACACUAUUGUGGUUUUAUUUUCUCUUUUACUUAUAUAAAUCAGAGAGAGCACAUAUAUCCCAGAGUGGGGAUCGUACCACUUCACAACAUACCUGGGGGGCCGCUCUGUAGGCUCCAGUACACGUGAGUGCACAUCUUUUAU